AUGGAACACUGGUUAAGGACAUUUAUUGAUCAAAAAAAAUCAUUUCUGGCUGGCAAUAAAGAAGAUGACACAGAGAGUAAUAAAUUUGACGACAAAGAGAACAAUUUAUCAAUCACUAAUCCUCCAGUUACAAAACAUAAAGAAAGAUCUGAAACUAAAAG